AUGCCGAAAAUUGAUGAAGCAAGACCCAGGGAAGCAGGGAGUAUGGAAGAAGAUGUUAACCUCAAUGAUACCACUGCAAAUAAAAAAUUAGAAAAGAACAAAGAAUAUACAUACCAAUGGCUUCAUACACAAGUUGGGAUUCAGGAAACAACUAGUUCCAGAAAUAUUAAAUGCAAUCACUUCUUGCCUGAGUUAGAUCCAGAGGUACUUAAUGGUGGAAAAGUUCAGCUUGUGGCAAGACUUGUAAGCAGAGAAGACACGGAUUUAGACCUUUUUUCCAUGACCAGUGGAAGUGCUUUGUCUGUGAACAGAGAAAAAAAAGAUCAGGCACACAGACACUCAGCGGGAUCUUCAAGUUGUUCAAUUAAGGGAGUACUUGCACCAAUGACAGCAGAUACAAGGAUUUCCAAAAAAGAGCGUAUUUCAUUCCGUGACAAUCCUGUACAACUCAGUGGCGGAUGGGGAAGUGGCAAAAAGAAGGUGAAAACUUCCAACUAAUCCUUCACGCUUCAGCAUUCAAAACACAUGGCAA